GGUGUGUUUUGGCUCCUGUUCUGUCUUCAUCAGCGUGCAGGAGCCUGGCUGCUGGACUGUGCGCACAGACUAGGUGGCUGUGCAUGCGUAUGCCCAUGAACGAGCUGGCUUAGUAACUAGCCAUGGCUGUUGUGUAGCACUCUCAGCUCCUUCCACCAGAACGGUGAGAGCGAUACCUUUACCUUCACAGAAACUACGCGGCUGUCCUGCGCGGGAGAGCUGUGACUGCCAGACUGCUCUGCACAGGAAUCCCAGUGAUUUCCUGAAGCUCUACAAGCAUAGCCGCCUGGGCCAGCCUUCCUAAAAGCCCGGUUUGUCCCAGAGGCUCUGAAACAGCCCAUCUCCCGCAGCACGGGUUGGUGGACUCCAGCGGGGAAACUGCGGCCACUUCUCAGCGACAGUCCCUGUGAUUUUCCAUCAGCCACUGGAGCUCCUGGAGUCUACCCUUUCCCCUGUGGCUGCCAGGAAGCCUUGACUCCGCAUGCUGGGACUUGUAGUGGCUGCUCUGAUUCAGCUGUGCAUGCUCUGACUCAGUGGUGACUACCUUGACUCUGCUCUGUGUCGUGACUCAGUGGUGACUACCUUGACUCUUCUCUGUGUGUCGUGACUCAGUGGUGACUACAUUGACCCUGCUCUGUGUGUUGUGACUCAGUGGUGACUACAUUGACUCUGCUCUGUGUCAUGCCUCAGUGGUGACUACAUUGGCUCUGCUCUCUGUGUGUCGUGACUCAGUGGUGACUACAUUGACUCUGCUCUGUGUCAUGCCUCAGUGGUGACUACAUUGACUCUGCGUGUGUCGUGACUCAGUGGUGACUACAUUGACUCUGCUGUGUGGUGUGACUUGCCUGCUGCUGCAGCAACUCGGCCUCAGACGCCAUGACAGCCCUCCCGGUGGCUCUCCUGCUGCUGUUGUGGGCGGGGCCAGGCUGCGAGGGCGGGCGGGUGCUGGUGUACCCGGUGGACGGGAGCCACUGGCUGAACAUGCGCGUCCUGGUGGAGGCGCUGCACGCCCGGGGGCACCAGGUCACCGUCCUGCGGUCCUCCACCAGCUGGUACAUCGCUGAGCGCUCCCCCCACUACACCGCCAUCACCGUGCACCAGGAAGCCGUCCAGAGCAUCGAGAGCAAGGACACCAUGUCCCACUUCCUGCACACGUCCCUGGAGCUGCGCAAGGACUGGAGCUCCCCGCUGGCCUUCCUUGAAUUCUACACCAACCUCUUUCACCUGAUGGCCCAGAACAACAGGGUGGUGGCCCAGGUGGCGCGCAUCAUGUUCACGGACGGGGCUCUGAUGCGGAGGCUGCGGGAGGAGCGCUUCGACCUGGUCCUGACCGACCCAGUCUUCCCCACAGGCGUGCUGCUGGCCCACAAGCUGCAGCUGCCGCUGGUGCUAAACGUGCGCUGGUCCCUGAACGGGGAGGGCCACUUCGCCAUCGCCCCCUCGCCGAUCUCCUACAUCCCCCUGCUCUUCUCCCACAGCUCUGACAGGAUGGACUUUCCGCAGCGGCUCUCCAACGCGCUGUACUACGGGCUCAGCCUGUACCUGUACUACUUCGUCUCCAGCCCACCGUACCAGGCCGUGUGCCGAGAAUUCUUCUCUCCAGGCGUCGAUGUCUUCUCGCUCAUCCAGGGAGCCGACCUGUGGCUGAUGAGGGUGGAUUUCGUCUUCGAGUUCCCGCGCCCCACCAUGCCCAACGUAGUGUACAUGGGCGGGUUCCAGUGCCGCCCCGCCCAGCCCCUCCCCUCUGAGCUGGAGGAGUUUGUGCAGAGCUCCGGGGAGCACGGGGUGGUGCUCAUGUCCCUGGGCACCCUGCUCGGGGGCCUUCAGCCACACAUUUCGGAUGUCAUCGCCUCUGCCUUUGCCCGCCUGCCUCAGAAGGUGGUGUGGAGGCACCUGGGGGCGAGGCCAUCCACCCUGGGCAACAACACCCUGCUGCUGGACUGGCUUCCCCAAAACGACCUACUGGGCCACCCCAAGACCCGUGCUUUCGUCACGCACGGGGGCACCAACGGCCUGUACGAGGCCAUCUACCACGGCGUGCCCAUUCUGGGCCUCCCGCUCAUCUUCGACCAGAUGGACAACAUGGUGCGCGUGGAUGCGCGGGGCGCGGGCAUCGUGCUGGACGUGACGGCGCUGGAGGUGGACUCUCUGACCCAGGCUCUGCAGGACGUCCUGGAUGAGCAGAAGCCCUACAGGGAGAACAUGCGCAGGCUGUCCCGGCUGCACCGCGACCGGCCCCUCGAACCUCUGGACAGCGCCCUCUUCUGGAUGGAGUUUGUCAUGAGGCACGGGGGGGCGGCGCACCUGCGCACUGAGUCUUACAGGAUGCCCUGGUACGCCUACCACAACCUGGACGUGCUGGCCUUGCUGCUGGGCUCCGCCACUGCUCUCCUAGUACUCAUCGGCGCCACCUGCAGGUGUCUGUUUCAGAGGCUCUGCAGGACCAGGAAGGUCAAACGGGAGUGAUCAAACUACCGCCAUGUUUCCUCAGUGUAGAUAGUCGGUUGAUGGCAAUUUAAUUGACAAUAGUGUCAGAAGGCUUUUGAUUAGCAUGAUAUAGCCUAAUUGCACUGCGGUCUGUAACAUCCACAUCAGCUGCACAGGUGUCCUGGGCAGUAAUUGUGCAGCUCAGCCCGUCGAUGGCUGAGCUAAGCACCAUGGCCAGACUUCAUGUGGAACACCUGUACUGGUGUGAACCAUCUCAUAAGCCGUGUUUCCACCAAAAGUACCCAGGAACUACUUUUCAAGGAACUAAAAGGUUC